GUUCCCCUUCCAGCCUGGCCACAGUCUCUCCCCCAGGGCUUCCUGUUGGGGUGUCCUAGGCCCCACCCCAGAGCUGGGCACUUUCCUCCCUGACACAGGGACCUGGACCCGCUCUGCCCUGCCAGAGGCAGACAUGGUGCCCCUGCUGCUGCUGCCCCUGCUGUGGGGGGGGUCCCUGCAGCAGCCACCAGGCUAUGAGCUCCGAGUGCAGGAAUCGGUGACAGUGUUUGAUGGUCUGUGUGUCCACGUGCCCUGCUCCUUCUCCUACCCGUGGAGUUCGGGGUCUUCCUCUACCAAAGUCUACACCUACUGGUACCGGGACACUGGAAAGCCAGCCUCUGCUGCUCUUGUGGCCUCGAGCAACUGGAAUAAACAAGGCCGGUUCCUCCUUGCGGACCCCAGGACCAACAACUGUUCCCUGAGCAUCACAAAUGCCAGGAGGACUGACACAGGACGCUACUUCUUCCGAGUGGAGAGAGGAAAUUCUGUGAGUUAUAGUUACCGAGAGAAGAUGCUGGAUUUGCAGGUGACAGACAAACCCCACAUCCAGAUUCUGGAGCCUCUAGAGUCUGGCCGCCGAACACAGCUGACCUGCAGCCUGCAAGGGGCCUGCAAAGGGCGACAGCGUUUCACCUUCUCCUGGGCGGGAGCCGCUGUGGACUCGCUGGACCCCCAGACCCUCGGCUCCUCGGUGCUCACCUUCACCCCGAGGCCCCGGGACCAUGGCACCAACCUCACCUGUCAGGUGAAACGGGAAUGCUUCUCCUCGCUCCCCACAGACCCCCCGCAGCUGCUGGGACCCUCCUGCUCCUGGGAGGACCAGGGUCUGCACUGCAGCUGCUCCUCCAGGGCCCAGCCGGCCCCCUCCCUGCGCUGGCGGCUGGGGGCGGGGCUGCUGGAGGGGAACCAUGGCAACGCCUCCUACAGAGUCACCUCCAGCUCAGAGGGGCCCUGGACCAACAGCUCCCUGAGCCUCCGAGCAGGGCUCAGUGAGGGACUCAGACUCAGCUGCGAGGCGUGGAAUGUGCACGGGGCCCAGAGCGUCUCUGUCCUGCUGCUGCCAGGGAAGGCCGUGCCCCAGGCAGGAGUGGUUCCUGCGGCUCUCGGAGGUGCUGGUGCCAUGGCCCUGCUGUCCCUGUGUUUGUGUCUAAUCUCCUUUUGCAUGUGAGCCUCUGUGGUAGGGAGGCACAGGGCUGAGUACAUCCAGAGGGGACUGUUUUGGGAGGGCCGGAGGUGGUAGCAGCUUUAUGGAGGUAAAAUCCCAUAUAUUUAAAGUGUACAAUUCAGUGGCUUUUCGUUCAGUCACACAGCUGUGCACCCAUCACCACAGACAAUUUUAAUACGUUUCAUUUGCUUGAAAUAAUGAUAAUAAUAA